CUAGUAGAAAAUUGCUAGAUUCCGGUAAACUCCGGUAGAUUUUGGUAGUAUCCGGUAUUUCUAGUAACCGGAAACCCACUUCCUGUGUUGACACGAUAAUGAAAACAAACGAUACUUGACAGAUUUGCAAUGUACUGGUUUAAGUCCAAGCGCAGUGUUUUUAAUGGAGCCCUACGACUUGAAAGUACAGCAGCUCACGUUUAAUGAAGACCAAAUUCAGGAUGGCAGCCUAGACUCGUUCAGCAAUGUGGUACACUACGACUCAGCUUUGAUUGAUCAUCACACUGGCAAGAAACCUAGCACAAAUCAGAUAUCCAACUCCAACCAGUUUGCUUGGUCAAGUUCAACCAAUCACAGGCCCCUGAGGGCAUCACAUGAUCAACUGCAGUCACCUUUGACCUCUGAAAUAGCCCAUCCCAACAAAGCUCCUAACCCUUUGGGCAGAUUCCUUCCUACCCCUUUCCAAAGCACUUGUGCAGCUAGUGCCAAGUGCGAUACCUCAUUAGCAUCAACAACCAAGGGAGAGGAAUACGCAUUGGAAAUCAACAAGUUGAUAAAAGACGUUUAUUCAGAAAUUGCAGUUCCCUUUGCACCGCUUGUACAGCGAACGACUAUUCCUGAUUGGAUAUAUCUGCAAGAUAACAAUACAUUUGGUCGGGCACCUCAACACUUCAUUGCCCAGCCUAGCAAGGUCAAGGUCACCCACGUGUAUAACCAGGUUGUGUGGUCACAGGGGGUUGUGCCCAGCAGUCCAGGGUCAAAACCCACCUCCAUCACAACAUUUGAUUUGUCACAACAUAGCUUCCCAUCCAGCACUGUUGGCCAUACUUUGAACAAACCGAUUUUUCAAGGUGUCAACGAGAUUUCCACUCUUAAACAGGUUGUAACAAACACUACAGCAGUGAAAUCAUACCAGUCGGGUGGUCAGAUUUACAGAAUGGCCUCAAGUAAUGGAAAACCAGUUCCCAGCACUGGGCAACCAGUCGGAGAUUCAAGGCCACAGUUUGAGAUGAGAAGUGGGGAACCAUUUGAAUCAGUUGCAGAGGCAUUGCAUCUGCAGCAGUCUGUCAUAGGUCACAGGCCUGGCUUGACUCCGGUCUCAGCUGAUGUGGUGGCUCAGAUUGUGAAGGAAGCCGAGCGGAAAAUCAAAAUGGGAUUGACGCCUCCCAUAAAUGUCAAUGCUAAGCCAGAAACAGUUCAGUCAGGUGCAGAUGUACAAAAACCAUUCAGCUUUCCACCACUACCCCAUAUUCCAGACUUGGCAUUAUCCAAAGAGCUGUUACGCAAACAUGGGCUGGGUGUAGGGCUUACAGUUCAACCCGGGGCAUCUCAUAACUAUGCUGAUAUCUCUAAUCAGUCAACUGCAAGUUCUGAGACUUUGAGAUUAUCUUCUCCUGAAAAUAGACAUUUAUCAGGACUUGUGACUGUCUCAGAUAUUUUACCAGAUGACAAUCAGAGUGUAAGUUCUAACAGUGAGCUUGAAAAUUUCAAUGACAAUGCCACUGAUAGUUUUCUGCAGUCUUUACCACCAUUUCGGCAUGUUAACCUGAUGGAUAUACUGCCAGAAUCCACCAACAGAACUGGCAUGCGUCAUUCUCCACCUGUAAAGGAAUCAUCCUUUAGGCCUGUGCAAUUUACUCGAGAGCUCACUCCUAAAGCUUCGGAAAUGAAAGGUGAAGCAUAUGCAUUUGUAAAUGAUAGUGGUGUGUACUCAACUUUGAAUUCUAGCCCUGUUUCUGCAUCAAGUGCUACUGGAACCAAAUCUCUUUUUGUAAUUCCUAAGCCUGGGCCAUUAUUUCAUAGCACACCACGUAGAGAUUUUCAAAAUGAUCAGUUAUCAAAAUCUUUGCAAACCCAACCUUCCAUACAAAGUAGCUCAUCUGAUAAAAAUGGUUUACUGGAAGAUGUGAAAAGGGAAAAGGCCAAGCUGGAAGGUCAGUUAGAAAUGCUUAACAUGGAAGCCCAAGCAACACUUCAAGAAAGAGCUGAACUUCAGGCUCAGGUUGCAUCGUUAAAACUGAAACUGAUGGGUCAGAAGACUCACAGACAUGACACAGAGAAAGACAUGCUAAAAGCUGAUCUGGAGAGCUUGAAGCAAUUGAGAAUAUCAUUGGAAGGCUCAUUGAUGAUCUGCAACUGUCAGUUGGAAGAAAAAUCUGAGGAAGGCCGGAGUCUGCAAGAGGAGUUGAGUCAAUCUCAGGACCAGAUGGACAAGUUGAAUCUCAAAAUGAAGGAAAUGAGAGAUGAUGUCAAAACUAAGGAAAUGACGAUUCAAGCCUUGAAAAACAAAAUUGCUGAACUGUAUGUAGAGGUUCAGUCAUCCAUUCAUGUCAAAAUGGAGGCUGAUAGUGAGACAAGAGCAGCCAAAAGUGAGCUGUUGUCCCUUCAGAGCUCAAAAGAAUGGUACCAGCAGCAGCUAGAGUUAGCUACUAGAGCUCGUUCAGAGUUACAGAAGGACCUGACACUUCUGCAGGCUCAAGCCUCUUCCCAGUCAAGCAUAAUCGAAAGAUUGAAGACAGAAAAUACCAGGCUUAGACAACAGUUUACUGACAUACAAAAUAGGGCUUUGAAAGAGAAAGAAAUAUUAGCUAAGCACUUGGAAGCUAUUGAAAGUGAUAUGAUGGAUCGGGAAGCUGCUUUCCAGGAAAUUCAGAGGGAAAGGUCAUUUCUCGAAGAUGCUUUCAGCAAUAAAAUUCAGACUGCUGAAGAUGAAAAGAAUAGAAUAUCUUUGUUGAUGCAGAUGACAAAUGAUCUGGAAAACCAGUUAGAAAAAGCGCAUGUUGAUUUGAAGAAAAAGCAAAAUCAAAUUGUUCAGCUUGAAAAUGAAAAUAUUGAACUAAUGAAGAAAUUAAAUAUAUCUCAAGAAACUGUUAGUGAAAAAGAGAAUGUUGUUGAAGAACUGAAACAUGAUUUGAUAAAAUUAGAGGAUAAACUGAAAGCAUUUCAGAAAAGUAUUGUUAACAAAGAUACAGAGUUAUUGAAACAUAAAGAGGAAAAGGCUAAGAUAGAAAUUGCACUAAAUGCAGCAUUACAAGAAAAAGAAUCAGUUGAUAAAUCGUUGGAUAAUUUGAAAUCAGACAUGGGUAAGGUUGAAAAAAGUUUUAAGAUGAUGAGACAAGAAUUAAACUCAAAGUCAGCUGAAGUUCACACAGCCAAGUCAAGUAGUAAGGCAACCCUGGAUCACAUUGAGACAUUGAAAACUGAUCUUGAAAAUGAAAGGAGAAAGUAUGAACUGGCAAAGUCAGAGUUUGGCAAUAAAAAUGAAUUAUUGCAAGAUUUACAGGGUCAGAAAAUCAACCUAGAAAGUGAAGUGACAAUCUUGCGGGAGAAAAUUGUUGCCAUGGAAGCAUCACAUGAUGAGAUUGCUAAAGAUAAGCAAAUUCUGGAUUCUGAAUUAAAUGCAACUCGAGAAAAAUUGGAAGAACUGAAAAUGAAAUUUGAGGCUGAAGCUAAAACUGAAAAGGGAAAAAUGCAAUUAUCUAGUAAUGACAACGAAGAAUAUGCAAAGAUGCAAGAGCAACAGGAAAGUCUUAGAGAGAAACUUGCUGCAUCAGAAAAAGAUUCGAAAAAAGAUUUAUUGAAACAAAAAGCGAGAGUUGCUAAGUUGAACCAAGAUCUAAAUGCUGUGAAAACAGAAUUAAUGGAACGUCAGAAAACAUUUGAUGACAAUAUUGAGGUGUUGAGUGAGAAGUUAAGAGAGAUGGCCUUAGAGAAAGACAAACUAGAGACAGAGUUGACGAUGACACACAGGAAAUACGAGUUCAGUAUGCUGGAACAGAAGGACCAGAUUGGAACUGAGUUGCAGAACCUGGCCUCAGAGCUACAGCAAGUACGACUUGAGAAGCAAGAACUGAAGUCUCAAUACAUGGCAUUGCAGCAUGCGAGGGACCAGGACCUGCACCAGUACCAACAACAGCUUGAAGCCAUGGGUGAGGAGCUACGGCUGAGCAGGGAGAUGGAGGUGGAGUCAACAAUCACUGUGGAGGCCAACCAAGCCCUGCAGCUGGAACUGGAGAAGGAGAAAGGAAGACUUGCAGGCCUGAUGCAGAGUAACGCUACAUUGAAGCACCACGUCUCCCAGCUAGAGGAGGCCCUGGCAUCCCGUGAGAGCACGCUGGUGGAGAUGCAGACAGCAUGGGGUGAGCAGGCCAGGACUCAUGAGAGAUCCGUGCAUGAGAAUCUCCGCCGAGUACAGGUCCUAGAGGAGAGCCUGAAGAUGGAGAAGGAUGGUCAGCGGGACUUGAGGAAACAGAUUGGUAUAAAAAUAACAGAAAACAAAAAGUUGAAGAGGCAGAAUGAUGGGCUUAAGCAGGAUGUAGAGACGCUUCGACAAGACUUGGCCCAGCGUGUACAGGAAGUGGGCAUUCUGCAGGGUGAGCUGGAAACCAGCAAGCAAAAUGUUCUUAGUCAUCAGUCAGAAAUGGCCGCUAUUGAGGCUGAGAGCAAGUCGAUUCAGAGAGAAUUAGAGAGGGUACAACAACAACUGAGGGAUAGUGUGAGCCGGGAACCAGUCAUCUUGGAGCAGAUCAAGGGCCUUGAGUGGAAACUGGAGCUUAAGAGCAGAGAGUUGACCGCAGUACAGGAGCAGCUGGCAGUGUCAGAGGAACGACAGCUGGCUGAGAUGGGCGCAGUCAGACACCUUCUGCAGGAGAAGACUGGAGAAAUUGAGAAUUUGAAGAUGGAGUCGUCUGCCUUGAAACACGACAAACAGUCACAGCAGGCCAAACUGUCAGAGCUGAGGAGUGCGCUCAAGUCUUCCAUUCAUUAUCACAAGUUAACCAAGAAGUUUGUUCAUCUGACAGGCCAUGUGGGCGAAGGUGACUCUCCGGGUGUUGAGUUACCUCCCCUGCCCUUUGACCUGGAGGAUAUGGAUCGUCUGCUACAGGAAACCACUGUACGCGCCCUGGAGAGCAAGCCCCUUGACAACCUUCAGAACUGCCUGUUGAAUCUACGCUCAGAGAUCUCUGGCUUACAGAGUCAGAUGGAAGUACACAGCACCACCAUACAGUCCUCCAACCACUCCUGGAGUUCCAUAGAGCAGCAGGUUCAGGAGCUGUGUACAGUGGUGCAAACUCUGACCCAGACCAGUGCUGCCACGGCAACAACAGACUCACUGGCUGCUGCAGCUGUGGACAUGGCCAACGGCAUCAUAAACAUAUAAGCCUUAUUCUGAGUAAAUUGGGCUUAAUGCAUGUGCGGAAACUGUCCUCCCAGAUUAGCCUGUGCAGGUUGCAGUUUCCACCUGAACUGUUUUUUAUGCCCCCGAAGGAGGGCAUAUAGUAAUCGGACCGUCCGUCUGUCUUUCCGUCACACUUUGCGUUUAGGUUUUUGCGUUUAGGUUUCGAAAAAGGCUCAUAACUUCUAUGUCCCUUCAGAUAGCAACUUGAUAUUUGGCAUGCAUGUGUAUCUCAUGGAGCUGCACAUUUUGAGUGGUCAAGGUCAUCCUUUAAGGUCAAAGGUAAAAAAAACAAAUCCAAGGGAAGUAAUAAGCUUCAAAUGGAGAUAAUUAUCUGUACCUGCCAAAUGAUAAAAAACAAUUAAUAAAUAAAAGCGGCGCAGUAGGGGGCAUCGUGUUUCUGACAAACACAUCUCUUGUUUUAUUACAAAAGACUUCCUUUCAAAGAAAAAUUCCAUAAAAACAUAUGGUGUUGUCCCUGAACAGCCUGUGCAGACUGCACAGGCUAAUCUGGGACAAAACUAAACACACAUACUAUAAGCCCAGUUUUUCGAGGCGUGGCUCAUAGAGAUGCCAUAUCGUCUAUUGUUCAUACUUCUGUUACAUACAAAUGUACAUGAAGGGUGCUUGGGGAGUUAUUGACCAUGCAUUUUUCUUUAUAAUGCUAUGCUGAUUGUGUCUUUCUACUAAUAUGUUGCUCUCAGAAUGUCAAAUUGUUGAUAAAAUAUAAAGAAAUAAGAAUAUUACCUUAUUGGAAAGUAAUCCUUUAACCCGUUGUUUUGUUGGUCAAUGACAUGUUCGGAUAUGUAUCUUCGUAAUAGUGCAUGCCACUUAAACUAAUGACACCACCUCAAGGGCUACUGAUAUUUGUUGUGUUAGGUUUUGUUGUAAUGUAUGUAAGGGAUUUCUUUGAAGGAAAAUUUAAAUCACCAUAUAAGUGUGUGCGUGUGUGUAAUGUUAAUCAAUUUGUAAAUUUUCAAAGCCCAUUAACACCACAAAUCAACAUAUAUUUCGUACCAUAUUUUGCAAAGUAAACAAAUAAAAAAUCAAUGUUCCUUAUAGCGAUAGUCAAAAUUUCAAUGCUAGAUGUGGUCUGGUAACAUAGAUUUAGCGCAAUACAAAAUGCUUGUUUUUGUCACAAUAUUUUCCAUGUAAAUUUUCGUCUACGAUAUCCAAAAUUUACAAGCAAAUGCAAGAUUGGCUUUGGAAGCACGACAAAGUUUUCAUAAAUACGUCAUUGUUCCGACACUGCCCUAAGCCAGUUGCUUGUGUGCCCGAAAAUGUUCAGAUAUCGUGGCGGGACUUAACAUGGAAUAUAUUGUCACUCAAAAAAUAAAAACGAGCAUUUUUUAUCUGUUUAAUUCUUUGUUAACAUACCACAUCUUGCAUUGAAAUUUUGGCUAUUGCUAUAAGAACACUGAUUAUUUUAGGUAAACUUUAUUUUACAGACUAUUUUGUAAAAUAUUUGUUGAGUUUGAUUAUUAAUGUUACUUUAAGCUGCUUUUUGUUGUGUUAAUGAUUUUAUAUAAACUUAUUUAUUUCAUGUUAUUUAUUUACUAUUUCUUUAAGAUCUUUUUAAUUGUUAUGUGAUUCAUUUGCCAUAUUAGAAACUGGUCAUAUAUUAUUCUGUUUAGUGUUAGUAAUCAUGGUAUUCAUUAUUAUGUGUUUCAAGGGUUCUGCGUAAAUCUGUUGUAUCUGCUUCUAAUUGUUUAUGUGACACAAGCAGUGUCUUGCUAGGUAUCCGGAGAAGCGCCCCCUUAUUUUAAAGGUGGCGGAGAGGUGCCCCCCCCAUCAAAUCGGUAGGGGCGGAGAACUGCCCCCCUGUCAGAAUUUAGUAGGCGGAUAUCUGCCCCCCCCCCCCCAUCAAAUCUGUAGAGGCGGAGAACUGCCCCCCGAUGUCAUAUUAGUUAUUAGUUACGUAGUGAAAACAAUACUUACGGGUAAUUUUACGUUAUCGCCGUACACAUUUUAUCCGGUAAUAAUUGAAUUUCAGUACAAGUAUAUUACCAUUUAUCGAACUGAAUAACACAAAUUGUCUUGAGGCAUGUGAUAAUACUGUUUAAGGCCCUUAGUGCGCAUCUGCACCACUCACUAUACAUGAAUGCCAUGUAAAAGUCGUGUUUUAAUAAGAGCGCGAAACAUAGUCGAAAUCCACACAGGAAACGCGUGCGUGUUAAUACUGGCCAAGUGUCGCAACUAAAUAUAGACGUGCAACUCAGUACUUAUGGAGGAAAAGUUACAUCGGAAUUAAUUUUCAUUAUAAAGAUAGUAUUGACCCAUGGAAAAAAAACGUAAAUUUACGUAUAAAAAGGGAAAUUAAUAGGCAAAGCAAAGGCAUUAAUUUAGCUGACUUGAAGAAAAAAGUAGAGUGAAGUCGAAUUUAUAAUCAAUUUAUUUAUGUUGUUUAGUUAAUUCAUGUGUCAUACAAAAUGACAUACAUAAAUACACACAUUACGGCAACAGUUUGCAUUUUGAGCAGAUCAUGUCGACAUGCCAAACAAACAAAAUCGGUAACAGUUGCUUUAAUUAGCAGCUAAUUAGGCAGGCAGAGAACUUGUUACCGUUAACGAUAAGCACAGCGAUCUUUUAAUUGGUAGACCGGACCGACCUUUAUUGUUAAGAACUUGUUAGCUUUGAAUAAAGCCGCAUACGGGUUUAUUAUAUUGAACCGUCCAAAUCCGUAAUUGGCGAAAACAAACAAAUAAAUUAUUGUUUUCAGCUUGCAUAAGGAUGGAUUAAAUUGCAUGCUAAUUGUUUGUUUUACUUACGGGGAAAAUAUCAAAUAAUUCAGCCGAGAAAACUUUUUAUUAGCAAAAAGUGAUUUGUUUUUCUUUGUUCACAUAGACGAAAAUCACGUGAUUAUCAAGAUGGCGACGUCCAUGCCGAGGCAGGUUUUUUUUGCCGUUUUAUAACUUUUAUUACUUGUACAACUUUAUAUUACUUUUGAAAUUUCACUCAAUUUCCAGACAUAAUAGCAAGAAAGUUACUGGCGUUAUUGUCAUUAUAAUACUCGUUUUAUAUAUCGCCGCGAAAUUUCUUUAAUUAGGGGGCACUUCUCCGGGUCAUCAAUUCUGACAGGGGGGCAGUUCUCCGCCCCUUAUUAUUAAUCGGCAGGGGGGCAGUUCUCCGCCCUAUAAAAAACAGUGAGGGGGCAGUUCUCCCCCCAGUGAAAAAUCUUUGGGGGGCAGUUCUCCGGGGGGGCACUUCUCCUAGGGUCACAUCAAUAUGUGGCCAGCAUAGCUCCAGUUCUUGAGUAUUCUGAACCUUUGCUGAUCGAACAUGGAAUAAGACCCAUUUUGUGUUCCAGGUAAAGCAAUAGCUUCCAACUCAACCCUUGAUAUGUUAAAGCUGAUCUCAAUUUUAUUCAUGAUAAGAUGAUAACGCCAGGUCUGCAUUUAAGAAUCUGCUAUGUCUCAUAAAGAAAGGAGCCUUAUUGUAUGAGAUUGGUAUUUCUGCGCAUAGUCUUAUAUAUCAGUACUUCAAAAUUGUUUGCUUUUUUAUUUAGGCAUUUUAUUUAAAUUUGGGGAGAUUAUUUUAGUAUGUAUUUCAAGUUGUAUUUUAAUUGCAUUUUAAAUGGAAAAUAAUCAAUGUAAAUAAAUGCAGCUUCAAGUUUUUGGAAGUUGAUUUGUCACAUACUAUGAUAAAAUAUUCUUUAUGUUAAAAAGAGCCUAUCACCAUGUUUUGUAUUUGGUUCUAAUUCAGAUAAUAAAUAUAUUGUAAUAUGUAUGAGUAAUCGCUGUGCACUAAAUAUGCUGGUAUAUUAUGAAUGUGCGUUUUGUCUGUAAAUGAAAACUAGUGUUCUGUUUGAAUUUAUUUUAAUCACCUGUCUCAAGAAAAUGGUGUUCAAAAAAGAACCAAGAAAUGCUGUCUGCCAUUUCUUAACCACUCUAGUCAGUUGACUGUUUUCAUGCAAUUGAUAAAUAGGAUUGAAAACAUGUCUUAUAUUGAAGACAUACCAUGUUUGUUUGUUCCCUUUCUGUUAGUCUAAGGCUGAUGUGCAAGGAUGAAAUAUAAUUUGAUAAUCCAUUUGUACACAUUAAAGAAAACAAUUUGUUAACACUCCAGAGGCCACAUUUAUUUCCAAAUCUUAAUGAACUUUGGUGAGAACAUUUUGGUCCCAUUGAUGUCUCAGCCAAAUGUGAAACUUAGUCACUUGGUGUCAAAAACUAGGUUAUGUAGUAAAAUUAAAUACAAAAAGUUAGCACUCUGGAGUCAAUUUUCCAAAUCUUCAUUAAACAUAGUGAGAACAUUUGCCAAAUAAUAUUUAGGAUGUGUUUGAAACUGGUUUAUAUGGGGUCAAAAGUAAGGAUCACGGAGUCAAAUUAUAAGAAAAAGCAUGUGCACAUAUGUUGUUAAUAUUUUCACAAUCUCAGACCAUUACACAAGUGUAUGGUUCUGUGUGGGGUUACAAUAUUAUUGCGGUUUGUUUGAAAAUGUGGUGUUUAUGCAGUUUUCUUUAAAAGUACAAUGUGAAACCUUGUUUACACUUUCUGCUAAGACUAGUUCUUUGGGUUCUCAGGUGAGCGCCUUAAAGUCUUUUGUUAAAUUUUAAGGUUAAACCAACAAUAUGAACAGGUCAUCAAACAGUUUGCCAAAUUAAAAAAUUAACUUAUAAUUUUUAUUGGCAAAACAACCCCAUUUAUUUACAUAUACCAAUUACUGAAAACCAUUUAAAUUGCAUUUAUGUUUUUUUAUGUUUAGCAAUAGAUGUUCGCUGCAUUAGACAGCAUUUAAUACAUUAAAAGUCAUGUUGAUAUACAGUUUAAAAAAUUGUUAUAUUUGGGAUUCAAUUAAAUUUGUUUUCUUUUCUAUUAAAAGAAAGCACAGUACACAAAGGGAAGUAUAUUGAAAUCUUACUUCAACUUUGUGCUCAUCUUCAUGGUCAUGUUUAAGAUGUAUGAAAUUGCUUUAGAUUAACUGUUGUAAUUUAUCUCUUUCUAAAAAGGCACAAGAUGUUUUUUACAUUUGGAGGGAAAAUAAAAAGUGAAACAAUAA